CAGCACCUACAGCAGCCUCACCGCCCUCUGCACAUACUCUGUACCGCCCAAGUAUAAUCACAAGCUCAUCGCAUGAGGUCCUCUUAUGUGGGAUACCGAUUAUGAUUCUGAGCUCUCCUGUGACGAAGAGUAUCUAGCUGCACUUGUCAGCGAAAGUGAAAAGACGCCGUCGACGAUCAGCGGCCCGCAGCAGCAGCAGCAGCAGCAGCGACUCCUAGAACCGGACAAUGCUGCUACGAACACUCGCGCGCUGUCGCCCUUUAGUGAGGCCUCCUUACGUGAGGUAUCUGAAUACAGUCGGCGAAGGUACCAGCGAUAAGCUGCCCAGUUUACCACCAAUCGGCCUGCCUUCGAUGUUGGACCCCGCGCCUCCCAAGCGCGGUCGCGGGAGACCGCGGAAAAGUUCGGUAGUAUUCGUCGAGACCUCUUCAUUGCAAGACAACGCUCCCAAGCCUGCAGAGCCGAAGACACGCGUUCGUCGGAAAUCCGCUGUCGAGGGGAGAUCAAAAACUGCUGGUACCGCUUCAAGGAGGAAAAAAUCGGACGUGGUCUGGCUUGACGUUGAUAUUCCGCCAUAUGAAUUUGAACCGUCCGAGGCGGUCGCUGUACCUGCAUUGAGAACCAAAUAUCGACCCCUCCAAAGUCUGGAUUCUGACGGCGUUCCAUCUUCACCCUCCGAGUCGGAUGAAGCCCCAUUUUCAGGAUUUAGUUCUCCGUUACCGUCGCAUUUCAAGGACGCGGUUGGCAUGGAAGGACAGUCUAUGCUCGACAAAUACCGCGGCGGCUGGAAACUGUCUGUGUCCGAUCUUGUGUCACCUAUGUACUGCGAGCUUCAAAAUUUCUAUAAACUCUAUACAGAUACCAAACGGACGACGGCAGCAAUGAAGAGAGGCACUGAGAUCCAUUCCGAGCGUGAGAAAGCGGAAUAUGAGGAGUUGGAAGUCGACACAGAGGGCAUGACUCGGGAAGAGAUCAAGGCCGCGGAGCUUAUAGAUACGCUCCUACGCUUGCUAUCGUUGUGUCGGCUUGCAUCUGAAGGAAGGGAAGACGCAGUCGUACGUGAAGUUCGAGCGCCUGGGUUCAUAGAUGGCGUUUACGUCAGUGGUAUCAUUGACGAGGUUCAGUUUGUCUCUGAUGACUAUCAUCCACCAGGCGUGGAAUAUAUUGGUAUUGGCCCUAAUCCUGAGCGUCCGCGCAAAGCACAUAGACGAUUUCAAUCUUCGUCUGUUGAUUCAAAGCAAUCUGGCACAAUAUUCAGCGACUCGACAGAAGCCCAAAGCCCAUCUGAUUCUCAACAAUCCACUACACCGCAAUCACAGGCCGCGGGCGAGGUAUUGUCACCAAAUCGCAAGCAAUCCAGCAUUACACAGUUCAUAACAACUAGUACGCCACAGGAGGCCACCUUGAAUCCAAGCAACGAUGAUUCGUCUAAGCCCCGACGAAUUCGUCUCGGGGAUGACAAAACCCGACAAUCCGAUACAUUUCCGGAGAAAUCUCAACGCGAUUCGGCAUAUUACCAGGUUUUGAUCUACAAACGUCUGUUUGAGGAUCUUACUGAAGGCAAAUUCGACUACGCCGCUGUCGCACAAUAUCUCAAUCUCGAUCUUAAUACGAAGCUCUCAGAGAAAUUUCACAGUCAAAUUACAGAAAACGAGUUUGUGGUUGAUUUGAUCUGGCAUGAAAUUGUGGGUCCGCGAUCGCCGUCGCUCACAGAUUUGAGCGAGGACGAGCGGGAGCAGUACGUGAUCCUGCUUCUGAAUUACGAGACCCUGGGUGAAGUCUGGAAGAUGCUGUGUCUCAAAUUCAAGGAGUUUAGAGGCAAAGUCAGUGAUCAGCUAUCAGUGACUUACAUUGGGCAACAAGAAGGCACAAUAUUGGGCGGCUUUGACUAUACGUACAAAGAGGAAGAUUUCGAGGCGUAUAUCAAGGAUAUGCUCUCCUACUGGCGCGCAGAGCGCGACCCGAAGGGCGUGGAGGUCGAGGAGGCGCACAAGUGUCGGUAUUGUGAUUUCAACAACAGAUGCGACUGGAGAUUAACAAAGAUACGCGAAUCCGCGGUGAGGAAUAGGCAGGCGUUUCUUGAAAAAUACGGCAAGGAGGCUGGAGUGCUUGAGGUUAGUAAAGAAGAAUAAUGGAGUGUGCAGUGAAUGGCGUUGUAUCUGGUGUUAUGCCGAGUGGAGUUUUUCAUAAUGAUUUAUUGAAUUAAAAAA